AUGGAUUACGACGGUCUUCCGGUGGCGACCCAGCCAUUAGCAUUACUAGACAACCGUUCAACCAAGCAAGUUACGGAGCUACUUCAGACUCUAUCCCAAGGGCUUGCUCUCCCUGACGAUGGAACGUGGUUGCCUAUAAAUCAUCCUGAUAACCAGCACAUAUCGUCGCUACUAGUUACUCUAUCCGAUUCAGUUCUCAAGGGGUUUCCUCGUCCUGGUAAAGAUCCUUGGGAGUUUGAAUGGCGCGACCUCUGCAUCUUGUCGCUUAAUAUUCAAGCUCGUGCGCUUCCCAAAGUCGCAGUCCUGUACGACGAAAAGAAAACUCGCCCUCCUAAUGGAUAUGAACGAACAGAACGCGCAUGGCUUGCGAUGCUGUUUGCUGAUUUGGGACUGGCCAAUGCCUGGCUAUUAGACGAAAGCUCGCAAGAUCUCGAUUCCCAAGGGCUUAAUACAAUAGCUCAACGAUGCGUAGAUGUGACAGUUGCUAUGCUUGGAUUUCUGGGGGGCAGUCUAAUGCUCGGAGAUGAUCCAGAACGACCGGCUUGGGAGGUUCUGAAACCAUGUUUAGAUGAAUUGCUCAAAUUUAUUGCUGCACUUUUGACGGCUGGAAUCAGCGCAUUAUCAAUGCUUAUUUCCACCCUUUCAACACCACUCUCGGCGGAUGCAUUUCUUAAAAGCUAUAGGCAGUCCACGGCCUUUGCCAUAUGCGAAGUUUUCUCGUUACUGGAGGUCCAUCAUGAGCCUAAAUUAAUCGCUCGACUAUUGGAGUUGUCGUUUACGUGGUUAGAGGAGAGGCCUUCCGAAUCAACUGGAAUUGCUGCUCAAGUUUGGAAGUUAGCCAUCCGGCGCAUUCAUACAGGAGCUUCACCGAACGAGCCACAUUGGCACAUUGUAGACGACGAACUAGCAAAGAUAAUCGGUCUCGUUAGGUUGGAAGCCACUGGUUCAAGCUGGUCCGAUAUCGAAUCAGUGAUAAUGCUAUGUGCAAGCAAUGAUACCAUGAGCAAUCUGCGAGUAGCAUUAUGCCAACUGCUUACAGCUCAAGUCCACCUUCUUCCGUACGAAGCCCUUGAAGUUUUUCAAAACAUUCCUGUGGAUGUAGACGAUUCGUCCCAAGUUCUUCUUGAUCUCCGACGGGCGGUAGAUUCGCGCGCACAGAAAACGAGUUCAAAAGCAACAGCCAAGUCGGGAAAGAGGAAAAGAGACGACCAGACCGAGCAAGAAACCGACGUUCAUGGCGAUACAGUCAUGCGAGAUGGGUCACAAGUGACUGCCAAACAAGCACCCCAGAAAAGGAUUUCAUUUGAGUACAUAUCGUCGAAUAUUUUUGACCGACGUCGGGAUUGGCUCGCUGGUGGACUGGGACCCAAUAACGAGGAUUACGAGGCUUUUGAGGGCCGGGUUUUGGACUCGUUGACGAGCGCGCUGGAGAAUCAAUCGCUUGCAGCAACCAGCAAUUGGGCUGCCAUUCCAUGUGCUUUGGCUCACCCCACAUCGAUGGAGAAACGCUGUCCUUCAAUUCGGACCGGAACCGCAAAAACUGUUUCACGCUUUUUCGAACUUUGUAUGCGCUUCAACUCAAAUCGGGGAGCCUAUGAUGGUCUUGCAUCGGCUAUAAAACACCUGAGCCCUGAUCAUUAUCAAGUUGCCUUCAAUGCCCAUGCGACCGACAAGGUCAUGGUUCUUCUCGGCAGCGCUCUCGAAAGACCUGAGCGAUCCGUAAGGCUUGCAGCUGGGCGAGCAAUAGUGCAGUUUGUUGAAGUGGCACAAGGGAUGCAACGGAGCCAGCAGGAUUUGACCGCUCGCCCCUUGGCUAUCACGAACAAACUGGUACUCGAGGGUAAAGGAUCAGUGAGGGAGACCGCGCUUUCGGUUUUAUGUGACAUUGGCAAGGUUGCUUCAGAGGAUUUGCUAGGACAUGUUAUUCUGACCCAUAUAACGCUUCUGCAACAACAAAAUUUAGUCAUCAAAGGGCUCGCUUAUGCUCAGAUACUGGAAAUGGCUAGUUUCAUGAACAAGGCGCCUUUUCAGCUUCUCUCUCCAUACUUCAAACAGAUAACACCUUUGGUUGUUGAAAAACUCUCUACAUCUUCCGAUGUUCUUCCCGACGUAUGCCGGCUGCUCACAGUUUCACCCAGAGAUUUCCUUACCUAUACUCGGGCACCAGCCUUAGCGGCAGCAAUCAAGUCUUGCAACAAGGCUGUAAUCGAUGUAAUUGCUGGAUACGUCGAACAAAACACCGGGGCACUGCUACUCGAAAAUGCUCAAGAAUACCUAACUGAAAUACUCCUUGUGGGGAGCGAGUCGAGUAUACGAAAGUCAAUGUCUUUCCUUUGCAGAGAUGUUCUGAACGAAAUCAUACAACGACGGACUCGUAAAAAUGACGAGAUGACAGAGGCGAGGCUGCUUGGAUCUUGCGGGGCACCCCUCAUUGGUGAAUUGGUCAUUCAGCUGGGUAGCGAGGAUAUUGAACGCCGUGACAAAGCCAAUUGGGCAAUCCAUUAUAUCGCCCAACAAAUUACACUAGAACGAGGCGAACGAGCAACCCCUGCCAUUGAUCUUCCUGCGUUUUUGACAAACCACCUACUCGGAAUUGUAAUGCAUAUCAAUGAUGCAUUGCAAGACGUUAGGGGGAAAGCGACAGUUUCACAGAAGAUCCAAAUGAUAAAAAGCCUCGGAGUAGUUGUCAAGUCCGUCGGAGCGUCUUCAAGCCUUGUUUCGCCUCAGAUUAUGGCCACACUUCAGAGCAUGAUACGUAUUCCCGAACUUUCCGAAGCAACGCUCUCAACUUGGCAUAGCUUUAUCGAAACCCUUUUAAUUGUGGACGCGGUCUCUCUAUUAGGAGUCACCACGGCCACUGUUGUCCGCCACUGGGGAGAGAUUACCCCGAAAGCGAAGGAGUGGGCCAUCAAAAUAUUGGAGUACAUCAUCGUAAACAACGGGCGGGAUAUUCGGCAGAAUAUCGAUUCGGUUGUUUCCCUAUCCCCCAUCGACGACCUCAAGCGUUAUAACAAGCCGCUCAAGCGUCUACGCAGCUCCUCGAAAGACCCUCUAGAAAUUUUAUUGGCACGGUGCAGAAACGAAAACAUGAAUAUAGCAGUUCAGUCACUGCAAGAGCUGAAAGCUUAUCUUCUAAAGCAUCGGGCCACUAUAGAAGGGUACAUGGUUGGAGACGUCUUUAGUCCCUGGCUCGGGCGAACAAUGAAAGUUCUUUUUGAGGCUGCCUGUAGAGAAGGGGAUGGCUGUGAAGCAUUGCACAAGGUUGCAUACGAAUGUAUCGGCAUAGUCGGAGCGUUGGAUCCUGAUCGUUUGGAUAUACAACCCGGAGGCCAAGACCAGAUGGUUAUGCGCAACUUUGAGGACGAGGAUGAAACCGUGUGGUUUAUCAUCAGUCUAAUUUCUGAUGUUCUAGUCAGCGCGUUUAGGUCUACGACGGAUCUUAAAUAUCAGCGACACCUUGCAUACGCGAUUCAGGAGCUCUUGAGACAAUGUGGAUUCAACAACGCGCUUGUGAAGACUGGUUCACAGUCUGUUCCUAUGAAAAUUCGUACUCGUUGGAAGUCUAUUUCUCCAGAGGUAGUCGAGACUGUCGGUCCGCUAUUGGAGGGGCGCUUCACUAUCCAGUCAAAACCUCCAGUAGUUCCUCAAUUUCCGAUAUAUUCCCACUCCCCAACCUAUCGUGAAUGGAUCCAGACAUGGACAGCCUACUUGAUUAGUUGCGUCAAAAACGCCAAUGCGGCAAAAAUAUUCGAGGUUUUUCGUCCCGCGAUCAGGAACCAGGAUGUCAGAGUGGCUAAACAGAUUCUUCCACAUCUUAUCAUUGCGAUUUCACAAUCGGAGGAGGAUUUGAGCCAUAUAACACAAGAGAUUGUUACUGUUUUAAGAGAUCAAAUCGACAAUGCAGAUGGCACCCCAGCCCCUCGUAAAACCCUCAGUGCCCAGACCGUCUUUGACCUUAUGGACCAAUUAAAUCGAUGGAUUCGGAAUAAAAAUCAGGAGGCAGUUCGCAAGAGGUCCGAGCUCCGAAGAGGGAGACACCAUGUGAAGGACCUUAGCAAUCACCCCGCGGUAGCAACGCUGGAAUAUCAACGUGCCAAAGUUGAAUCUCUCCUGUCCACUAUUGACAACGAAUUGUUAUCGAAUGCUGCAUUCCGGUGUCGGGCGUUUGCCCGAUCUCUCAUGAGCUUUGAGAAGGAGAUUGUUUCCAAACGCGAACAACAAAAGACCGAGCAAGAACUGCAGCCUCUUUAUGAACGACUUCACGAGAUCUACGCCAACUUGGAUGAACCUGAUGGUAUGGAGGGAGUCUCCAAGUUGGUGAUAUCCCCCUCGCUCGAGCAACAAAUCCGGGGGCACGAAAUGACCGGUCGCUGGACUUCAGCACAAAGUUGCUGGGAGAUCCAGCUUCAACAAGAGCCGAACAAUCUAGAGCCUCAUAUAGGUUUACUGCGGUGCUUGCGCAACCUCGGACACAAUGAUGCGAUGAAAACCCAUAUUCAUGGAGUCUUGAGUAACCAUCCAAUGUGGGAAUCGCAUUUGGCGGAUUUUGCGGUGGAGGGAGCCUGGACUCUUGGUGACCUGGAGGCAGUGAAGCGAUUGACUUCUGAUGGCCAACGACAAAGCCCGGAAAUGACACUUGGUCGAUUGCUACUCAGUGCUCAAAAGGACGCGCGUAAAGAAUUCGACGCAGUUUUGGAAAACGCCAGGAAUGUUUUCGGGGGCGUUAUUACAGCCAAUGGGUCAACUUCUUAUCGACGAUCUUACGAAGCAGUGCUCCACCUUCACAUGGCACGAGAAAUUGAAAGCAUAUACCAAGCGGGAAACUUCUUGAACGCAGCAGUGGACAAUCCAGAAAAUAACUACCCAGCAAUGGCGAGAGCUACCCUUGACAAUCUUACAUCCAGUUUGGAAAAGCGUUUUAAAUCGCUACUACCAACUUUUAGGGUCCAGGAGCCAGUUUUAAGCAUGAGAAGAACUGCAUUUAGUCUUUUCUCUGGAAAGGUCUUGGAAAUUCGAGGAGAAAUUGGCCAAGCUUGGUUGACUUCAUCGAAGAUUGCUCUCAAGGCUUCGCAUUUUCAGACAGCAUAUAGCUCUAUUCUCCAGGCCCAAAGGAACGAAAUGGCCUUUUCGUUUAUACAAGGUUGCAAACUCACCAAAGCACUGGGGGAACCGCUUCGAGCACUACAAGAAAUCACGCAUGCAGUCGAAAAUCCGCCAAAACUGGAUUUCAGCAAGCCUGGAUCCCCGAAUCCUGACCGCCAAAUGAUGGCCAAGGCACUACUCUUAAGAGCAAGAUGGACUCAUGAGGCUGACAGGUACGAGAGUAAUGAGGUAAUCAAUCGAUUCGCAGCUGCGUCCAAAAUGUUAGAGGAAUGGGAGAGCCCUCACUUCCGACUGGGGCAGUAUUACGAUGAUGCCUUUAAGAAUAUGGAUAUCCAAAGCCAAGUUUCACAGGGUGCAUCCAUGAAUAUGUUCACCUGCAGGUACUACGUAGAAGCAAUGAAAUUCGGCUCUAAAUACAUAUAUCAGACGAUGCCUCGUCUACUAACUAUAUGGGCUGAUAUGGCACAGUUGGGCUAUAUUAUCUCGGCAGAGCGAGAUAAAUCUGCUUUGCCGCCUGGAACUGAAGCAACAUACAAAGCGUACAAGUCGAUCAACGCGGUGAUGUCUGAUGCAAUCAGCAUGCUGAAACCGUUCCAGUGGUUUACCGCUCUACCGCAACUACUCUCCCGAGUUACACAUCCUAAUCGACUUACCUACAAGUAUCUGGCGAAAAUAAUCAUAUCAGUAGUCAUCUCAUACCCUCAACAAGCUCUCUGGUGUGUUUCGCCUUUGGGGCAAUCACGAAACCCUGAGCGGGCUGGACGAGGGCGGGAAAUACUGGAGAAAUCGCAGAGCACGGGGGACGAAGUCAGGGAACUCAUUAUGCAAAGUAGGGCUAUGGUCAAGGAAUUGCUUGCAAUGAGUGAGAGAGACAUACCAGAAAAUGAGUAUAACCUCAACAUGCAGAAACAUUUCCCUGCACUGGGUCGGCUCGCUCCGUCGAAAUUGAUCAUGCCGCUCCAAGACUACCUCACCGUUAACUUACCAGUUUCUCCGUCCGUUGUCUACCAGCCUUUCCCACCAAACAUACCCCGAUUUCAUAGAUUCAAUGACGAAGUCGACGUCAUGAAAUCGUUGCAGAAACCGAGAAAAAUCACAGCUCAGUCCGAGGAUGGUCAUACAUACAUCUUCCUCUGCAAGCCGAAAGAUGACUUACGGAAGGACGCUCGUUUGAUGGACUUUAAUUCGAUGAUUAACAAACUACUGAAAAAGAACGCUGAGAGUCGUCGUCGGCAACUCCACAUUCGGACAUAUGCGGUUGUCAUAUUGAACGAGGAGUGUGGAUUCCUCGAGUGGGUUCUGAAUACCACCGGAUACCGCAACAUUAUAACGAGUCUUUACGAGCAACGAGGGCUAUCUAUCUAUCACAAACAAGUGAUGGAAUGGGUUCAGCAUAAGGCCAAAGGCCUAUCCGAUAAAGAUGUCCACGAGUACUGGGUUAAGAAGGCCAUCCCUAGUGUCCUUAUCAACUUACACGAGUACUUCAUUUCGUAUUUCUCCGAACCUACCGCUUGGCUAUCCAGUCGGCUAGCAUAUACUCGCACUACGGCUGUUAUGUCAAUGGUCGGACAUAUUCUGGGCCUUGGAGAUCGACACGGCGAAAACCUGAUGUUUGAUACUGUUAACGGGGAUCUUGUUCACGUUGACUUGAACUGUUUAUUCGAGCGGGGAAAAACAUUCGAAAUACCCGAAACUGUACCAUUUCGGUUGACAGCGAAUAUGGUUGACGGUUUUGGCGUCACAGGCGUAGAAGGAGCUUUCCGGACCGCAUGCGAAGUCACAAUGCACCUUCUUCGUGACAACUACGGGUCUUUGAUAAGCGUCCUCGACGCCUUUGUACACGACCCGCUAGUCGAAUGGGAAGACCAGCGGAGAAAAAAUGAGCGGGAUGCUCGUUUAGCGCGCCAGAGAGCGGGGAGAACAAUUGAUCCAAGAGGCAGAGCGGGUUCUAGCACAUCUGUGGGGUCGACCGAUAUCAAGGAAUUGGCCCGAAAUGCUAUGCUACCAAUUGGGCACAAGAUCCAAGGUGUAGGGCGAGACAAUCGUGUGAUGACAGUUAGCAACCAGGUUGAGGCGUUGAUCCGCGAAGCGACCGACCCAGUCCGUUUGAGGCUUGUAUUUGCAGGCAAGAAUGUAUGUUGGAUGGAUGUCCUGGAUUUAGCAUGA